AUGAAGGGGCUUCCUGCCGCAACGGCACACCGGGCCUCGCUUGCUGGGUACCUCGCAGAACUUGCGCGCAAAUUUCCGGGCGUGAAAGGCAUCGAGCGGACUCCUCGGCAAUACGAGGUGGAGUUGUGCAAGAUGAGGAUCACCACGGAGGAGCUGGCGCAGGAGAAGCUCAAGGUGGGAGCACUAGCAAUACACACCCGGGACCACAUUGCAAACAGGAUCGAGGACCAGGCCUCGGGCACCAUCGGCUGCGCCAGCCCCACCCCGGGGUCAACCGUUUCAGCCCCGCCCACCGCGCCCAUCCCAGAUGGGGGUGACUACGUACCAACAACAGAGGAACUGGCCCAGCUCCGGACGAUCCUAGAGCAGGUCAUCCGUGCGGCGCAACCGGAUACACCAGAGGGCCGGGCAACAUAUGCAGGCCAGGUGGCAAAGUGGCAGAGCGACAACCGUGCAACGCAAGCUGCUGGAAUGCUUCGCAUCGAGAGCACGGGCUUUCCCCUCGAGCCAGGGGCUGUGAUUCCGGGAUCAGGAGAGUGCUGGCGGUGCGCCAUGUCAGCACACGCGGUGGAGAGUGCAAAAGUCUGGUCCCUGACGAAGAACGCCAAUUCCAAACAGUCUGUGAUCGACGGCUUUGUCCUCGACGAGGCCCGGUGCUGGUCGCUCCGCCGAUUACCCUAG